CAAAUAUCUUGGUAACUAAAUGGAUGGUUAGCUUCUUAUGUAAGCUUGGAAAUUGAGGUGCUUUAAGGUGUGUGGGUUGUUGGAGAUAAGUAAGCUAGUAAAGGGAACCUUAUGGGAAAUACUAUGGCCAUUGAUGUAAUUCGAUCAUUGAAGAUGGGCUGGGUGAGCAGUAGAGAUGGUCUUGGGAGGAGAGGGAGAGAGCAAUAAUAGAGGUAGUGGAGAUGGAGAACCAGAUCCUAGGGGUUGGGAAGAGAUUGCUUCUUGCAAGGAGACAAAGCAGACGGAGGCUCACUAUUUGCAAGAGUAGCCAAACCAUGGAACUCGGUAUAUCACAACUGCUGAAGCCAUGUGGUUGAGGGACAAGUGACUGGCUCUCUGCAUGGUCUAACAUUUCUUAGUGGAAUGACCCCAAUUAGUAGUAGUGGAGAUGGUGAAACCAAUAUUUUCUCAGUUGCAAGAGUAAUGGGGCAAGCUCGUUGGGCAGGAGGAGCACACCACAUAUGUUUGUCAUAAUCUAGAGCUGUCUUUAUGUAAGAUCUCUCUAUUUCUAUUUCGGAAGACCAAUCAAGGUAUUAGUCCCUCGAGGGAAGAUGGGAUGAGCACCUUGACAAACCCUUAACUCCAACCAUUCUUGAGGGAACCCUAGGCUCUACUCUCGACUUAGGCAAGUGUGGGAGCAUCAUGGUGCCAUUGGAAAAUGAAGUGUACAUCAUACGAGUACACUCAAGCAGAAAAUUCACUCGGCCAAAACGAGGGAGAUCCAAGCAUAUUGGCGUGAGUGAAGAUGGGCAUUCUUAGGCAAAAACUCAAGUCAAUCAGGAGAGGAAGACUCAGCUCUCUAGGAGGCUCCUUGGAUAUUGCCUCAGAAUGCCUUGGCUUGAGACUAAUGUAACUUGCACGUUAGCUUCAGGCGGAUGAAACUUAUCAUGGAGGGAGGAUUUACUCGUGGUGAGAUCCCAUCAGUCCAUGUUUCACCUCAUGAGGCUGACACAUGAGAACAAGUUCAGUAGAGGAGGUGAUGUGCCUUCUACAUGGGUUGCCAUGUGGACCUACAAGUGCAGAAGGAAGCCUUUAUUUUAAGUCAUCUUCAUUGUCUACUAUUAUUUCAGUCUCAGAGAAGCCUGGUUUUCACACCCAACUAUGGCUAUUAGAAUUGGCCAAAGUGCUUAAGCCUGGAGGCAAUAUGUUUUUACAGGAACCAUCCUUCUUCUACAGGAACAAAGAUCUUGUUUUGGAGGAGUCGAGGGCUUGUUUAGAGCGGAACCUUUUAUUUGCAGGGUUUUAUGCAAUUGAGGAAUUUGAAUGCCUUGAUCACUUAGCUGAAAUCGAUUCUACAUCUCAAGAUUUUUACUUACGGUGA